GCAACGCCUGCAUCCGCGAUGACAUUUGCGUUGCUUGUUGUGUGUUUUUCCCAAAAGACAAAAAAUAGAUAAAUCGAUUAGGCAAAAAUUCGCGCAAGUGUAUGUUUUCCAAUUAUCCAACUCGCCAAACGCAAAUGCAUCGCAUCAGUUCAGUGUCGAUAACUUAGCGCUGGAAAAUAACGGUAGUGCUGGAAAGGUUGUUCGCGACAAAAAAUCAUGAAUUGUGCCGACCCAUGGGUGACGCAGGACACUAAAGCUGAAUGUGAUUCAUUGACCACCAACAACGAGACCGCCAUUAGCGAACACAUUCCGCCAGCAAACGCCACAGUGGAGACAGCCAGCCCCACCACCAACACCAUUGUUGCGAUCGCUUCUUCGCUGGAGUUUGAAGAUAAUUUCAUCCCCGAGCAGUCACCGCUAAAUCCGCGAGAACCGCAAGAUAAUCGUCUUCCGGACUCGGACAACUAUUUAGCAGCAUUAGAGAAGCGUCUGCAUCGGUUGAGAAACAAUCCGAACGUGUUGCAGCAGCUGGCCGAACGUCGUGAAGCGUGCAUGCAAUCGUUGCUCGGUGGCAGCAUUACCCUGCGUACGGACGUUGAUCUGGAGCUGGAAGAGCCGGUAAACAGUAACGAGCUGCUUCGAUUCAUUCGCCCCGAGCAAGCCCUUUCGCAGGCGGAAGUUGUGCAACUGGUACAGCACGAUCAGCUACAGCUAGAGGCAGACGAGCACGGUGAAGAAUUACGCGAAGGUGAGGAGAGCGGUACCGAAAGCUCGACGUCACGCUAACAAAGCGAUAGUUGUUGCUUUGAUCGCCACUGUUAAAAGUUCAAGUUCCGGAUAGAGUACGAGGUGUGUUUGUUUGUACCGCAAUCAUGUCUUCCACGACGACCCCGACGACCCCGGAGAGUACGACAGCCGUUAAUCUCGAGCAGGUGGCUUACUUUCUCGUGACCGGUGCAUCGCGCGGUAUCGGCGCCAAGAUGGCCAUCGAGACGGCACGCAAGCUUAAGACCGGUUCGGUCGUCGUACUGCUUGCCCGGUCGGCUUCCGGGCUGGAAAGCACCCGGUCGGAGAUACUUGCCGUGAAUCCGCACGUUACCGUGGUAACGAGCUCGGUCGAUUUGGCAACCGCUUCGAAAGAGGUGCUGAACGAAAUACUGGACAAAUCGCUUGGCAAGCAACCGGUCGACCGGUUCGGGCUGGCGUGCGUUAUCCACAACGUCGGCACGGUGGGCAACAUUGGGCGGAAGGCGAUCGAGAUGGACGAUCGGGCCGAGUGGGAACAGUACUUCGGUACGAACGUGUUUACCGUGGCCGUGCUGAACAGUUGCUUGUUGCGCAAAUUCCAACCCGUCCCGAGCAAGCUGGUUAUCAACAUCACCUCGAAGGCGUGCCUGGUGCCGUUCCAGAGCAUGACGUACUACUGUGCCGGGAAGGCCGCACGCGAGAUGUACUUCCGGGUGCUGGCGGAGGAGGAGGCGGCGGCCGGCGUUACCGUGCUGAACUAUUCGCCCGGCCCGGUCGAAACGGACAUGACGGUCGACCUGCAGGCCAACUCGAAUGCACCGGAAAUCCGGGACUACUUUAAGAAUCUCCGCGAUACGACGACAAUACUUACGACCGAGCAAACGACGGCCAAAUUUUUACACAUACUCCAGAACGGUCUGUUCAAGUCGGGUGAUCAUGUCGAUUAUUACGAUCACUAGGAUGGUGGCUGUCCGGCCGGCGCCAAAUACACAUUCCACGUAACUUUUAAUGUGCAAUCUGCUUUGAAGCUUUCCCUAAUAAAGAACAGAAGAGCUCCUACGAGCUGCUCUUCCAUGCAGCGGGCGAGAGAUGCAUGA